AGAGAGAGAGGGGGAAAGUGUAGUUGCAUUCUCAGGCAUCAGAAGCUCCGCCUCCCCUCCGUUUUUCGCAUUUAUAUAUACUUUUUUAUUAAAAACAAUUAAACAAAAAAUACACAUUUUAGCGCCUGUCUCCGUCGGCCGACGCCUACUCUCACGAAACUCAGAAGAGCCACCAUAAAAGGAACCCUCUCUCUCUCUCUUCAUUAGGGUUUUGGUUCUUCUCAUUUCCUUCUGCUGCUUCUUCUAGGAGAGAUACUGCGAGCGCCUCUGUUCAGUGCGUAUUUCUUCUUUUUCUUCAGUUCAAAUGGCCGCCUCUUCUCUCCUCAGAUCUACGGCUCCGGCUCCUCUCAUUGAGGCCUCUCCCUCCCCGUCCGAUCGCUUCUCCAAGGCAUCAUGCGUCGGUUUCAAUCUUAACCUCAACUCCGGGAAGCUUCAAUCAAGCCUUUUCGGUACAUCUGUUCCCAGCGGCUCAUCUUACUCACAGAAAUUUAGUGUAAGAAGCAUCCAGCCGGUUAAGGCUACAGCUACUGAAAUACCUCCUACAGUUCCUAAAUCACGGAGCAGUGAUAAGACGAAGAUUGGAAUCAAUGGUUUUGGCCGCAUUGGAAGGUUGGUAUUGCGAAUUGCAAUCUCCAGGGAUGACAUUGAUGUGGUAGCAGUCAAUGAUCCUUUUGUUGAUGCUAAGUAUAUGGCGUACAUGUUGAAGUACGAUUCUACUCAUGGAGUUUUCAAGGGAACCAUCAAGGUCUUGGAUGAGUCUACUCUGGAAAUUAAUGGGAAGAAGAUUAAAAUUGUAAACAAAAGGGACCCAGCGGAGAUUCCUUGGGGUGAUUUUGGGGUUGAGUAUGUUGUUGAAUCCUCUGGGGUUUUCACAACAAUUGAUAAGGCUUCAGCACACAAGAAGGGUGGUGCCAGGAAAGUCGUAAUAUCAGCUCCAUCAGCUGAUGCACCUAUGUUCGUCGUAGGAGUAAAUGAGGAGACAUACAAUCCAAAGAUGGACAUUGUAUCCAAUGCAAGUUGCACCACGAAUUGUCUUGCUCCUUUGGCAAAGGUGGUUCAUGAGGAGUUUGGUAUCCUUGAGGGUUUAAUGACAACUGUGCAUGCAACCACAGCAACUCAAAAAACUGUGGAUGGUCCUUCAAGGAAGGAUUGGCGAGGAGGACGUGGUGCUGGACAAAAUAUCAUUCCUAGUUCAACUGGUGCUGCAAAGGCUGUUGGAAAAGUUCUUCCAGAGCUUAAUGGAAAGCUUACUGGAAUGGCCUUCCGGGUCCCAACACCGAAUGUUUCUGUUGUGGACUUGACUUGUCGACUUGAGAAGAGUGCUUCCUAUGAAGAUGUCAAGGCAGCUAUUAAGUAUGCCUCAGAGGGGCCACUGAAGGGCAUCCUUGGAUACACAGAUGAGGAUGUUGUCUCCAAUGAUUUUGUUGGUGACUCAAGGUCAAGCAUAUUUGAUGCAAAGGCCGGGAUUGGGCUCAGUGCCUCCUUCAUGAAGCUCAUAUCAUGGUACGACAACGAGUGGGGAUACAGCAACCGAGUGUUGGACCUUAUAGAGCACAUGGCAUUGGUAGCAUCUCACAACUAAAUACCCAUGGGACGGUUGCUGUCGUCAAAUGACUGCUGCGAUUUUAUUUUUGGUUGCGAUGAAGUUUGGUUGGAAAGAGUAGGACGUCAAUUUGAUAGAUUUGAAUGGACUUCACCAUCGUGCGAGUCUAGAGGCAUUGCAUGAUGCCCAUCUUAAAAUAAUGAAUACUUCCAACUUGUAUCAGCUCAUUACAGUAAUACAUAACGUUUGGACUUUGUGAUCUAUACUAAGUGAAAGAGCUUGGUGUGUCCAAGUUAGGUUUUA